AAUUAAAUGUUCGCUGUCAUUCAAUACAGAAAAGGGGUUAAAAACGGUCCCAACAAAUAAUUGAGUACCAUAAGUUGAACGAAAUUUAAUAGCACGUAAUAUAAAAAAAGUGCUUUGAGAGAUUUUUUUUUAUAGGACUGCGAACGAUAUACUACUAAGUGAUUCAUUGCAUCUCCAAUUUCCACAGUCUACGAUGUAUAGUUUCCCGGUUUCAACCUGCGCCGCAUUGCUACCAUUAUACCUAUAGUUAUUUCCUUGCCGAGUUAGAAGCAGGCACAAACGAUGACGUGGACUUACUCUACUCAUGUGUACGGUUUGAUCAAAAUAAAUAAAGUAAAUAAUUGUGAUUCAUUUGUUUGUUCAAAACAAUAUUUGAUCGUUGUAUAUAAAUAAUAAACGAAACAGUGCGACGUAUAUCGGUUUAAGAUAUAAAACUUCACCAAUCACGGAGAUUAAUUACAUCAAUUUAAUAAAUAAAAAUGGACAAACAUCCUAUAUCACUUUUACAAGAGUGUAUGAUAAAAAGACAUAUAAUACCAAAAUAUUCGCUUAUUGAAAGUACUACUGGGUCUCAUAGUAAUUGGUUCAAAAUAAGAGUGGAAUGUGGUCAAAACUUUGCUGAGGGGGAAGGAAGUACCAAAAAGUGUGCAAAAGGAAAUGCUGCCAAAGAAAUGAUAAGGUUAUUGAAUUUAAGUACUUCCAAUGGAUUUCUCUCCCCAAAUAGAAUAAUUGACAAUGCAAUAGAUACAAAAAUAAUUUCUUCAAACAACAAUCCAAUCAGUAAACCACAGAACUCAACAACUUUUUAUACAACUGAUACAAGUAUCAAUUACAUUGGUAAACUACAGGAAAUAGCCCAAAAAACAUCAAUUAUGCUACCUGAAUAUAUAGAUAAAUUAUCAGUAGGUCCCAUGCACCAGCUUAAAUUUACAAUAUCAUGCAAAUUCAACAACAUGGAAGAAGAAGCAGUUGCAUCUACAAAAAAGGAAGCAAAAAUAUUAGCAGCAAAACAAAUGCUUGAACGCAUCACUAAUGAUAAUCUGAAAGAAUGUAAACCUGAACAAGAACUAAAUAGUUAUUUGGAAAGCAUUGAUCAAAAUAUAUCAAGUUUAAAAAUAUCUGAAAAUAAUGAAUCUUCUAUGGCUCAAUUAUCUGAAAAAGCUCUCAAAUUAUUUUUACCUAUGAGUAAAAAUAAUUUUGUAAAAAAAGUAAAUUUACAAAACACACGUUCAUACAAUAGUUAUCAUACAUUUUUGAGAGAUGCAUUUUGUGACACAGUACGAGAACUUGUGAUAGAUAAAUUGGAAGAUACAAUAAGAGCAUGCCAAGCUUAUAAAAAUGCCAUUGGUGCAACUGAUCCAAUGAUAUUAUUGAGAUUAGCCUUGAAGGAAUUGAAUAUUGAUGUUACAGAAGUAGUGCUAGCUAGUAAAGAAGAAACAGUAAUUUUGGUCUUACAAUUGAAUACAGUUCCUAUUAUUAGUGAAAUUGGACAUGGACCUACCAAAUCAAUUGCUAUAGUACAAUGUGUUAUGCAAAUGGCUACGACUGUUGCAAUAUUGAUUGCAUAAACACGUUUCUUGACUACUAUCACAAUGGAUCUGUGAUAUUUGUUUAUGUAUUUAUAUCCACUUGUAUAAUCAACAAUGUUAAUAAGAGAUUGCAGAUAUCGAGUCAAUAAUAAUUUAUUGACUCUAAACUACAAUCUUUUACUUUUAUAAUUCUCUUAACAAUAUUUAUAUUACACUGAAAUAGGAAAAAUGUUGACAGGUCUUCCUUCCAAUGAUUUGCUGAUUUGCUUAAUUGGAAAACAAUGGAAGUUGAACUAAAAUAUAUGUUAAUCUUUAGAUUUCAAAUCAUUAAAGCUUCCGACAUAAGUAUUCCCCAUUUGUCUUUAACUAGAACAUAAUUUACUGUUUGAAAAAUAUUAUUCUAUCAAAAAAAUUGUAUUGUUCAACAAUUGAAAAAAUGAAUGAAUAAUAUCUAAUUACAAUUAUAUUGUAAUAAUUGACUCAAAGUAAAAGCAUUACAAAAUAAUUUUAUUAGUUGUUCAGAAAAUAUGAAAUAUUUUUCAUAAUAACAAAACUAAUCAUUAAAAUAUGAUUUAUAGUAUGCUAUAUAUUAUAUUGAAUUUUUUAAUAACUGUGUAAUACAUAUUUUUAUUUAUAUU